UCUUUCCCAGAAUGCAAUUCCCGAACCCCGGAAGUCUUAGUGGUUGAGAUCCGCCAACAAGAACCCAAAGAAGAAGAAGAUAAUCUCCUGUGACUGCUUUCAUCAGUUUUUCUAUUGGAGAAGUCUAGCUAAGAAACGAAGCUAAGCGAGACUUCGGAGAACAUGUGGGACGGAAACAGACAUGGACCUCGAGGAGGGAAACCCUUUCGUGGAAAUCAUCGUGGAGAGAUGUUUGGGGGCAGGGAUGGUCCUAUGCAGGACUUCAGAAACAGAGAUGGGAUGAACAUGGGUCCAAUGGGACCUAUGGGGCCUAUGAUGGGUCCUAUGGGUCCUACGGGCCCCCGGCCUCAAGAUCGUCCCCCAAUGGAUAUGAGAUCAGAUGGCCCACCUGCCAUGAGGGGGCGGGAUAUGGAACCACUUGCCAUACGGGGUAGAGAACCAAACAGGGACUUCUUCAGACCUGGAGACGAACCGGACUUCAGCCUUAGAAGGCAAUACGAAAUAGUGAUCAGGGACAAGCUAAUGAACGCACCUGGUUUCAUGGGACCGGGGAGGAACAACAUAGAGAUGGGAGGUAGAGGGAUGGAGCAACGGGAACCGAAUGAUAGAUUAAUGGACAUGAGAGACAGAGAGAUGUUUCGCAACAAAAUGGCAGGAUUCAGUAAUUCUAACCAGGAUGCAAGACGAGGAUUUCCCAUGGGCCCCAUGGGAAGAAACGAUGGUUUCAGGGAUAUGCGUGACAGGGACAGACCUCCCAUGGGCAUGGAUGACAUUGACGGCUUUAAUAUGGACAUGGGUCAACGUGACAGGGGGAUGAUGGGUUUUGACAGAAGGGGAGGCCCACCGUUUAAUACAAGGGGAGGAUUUGAUUCAGAUAUGGACUUCCGGAACCGAAUGGGAUCGCAAGCGGAUUUCCGGGGUAGGGACCGCUCUCCUCUGCGGUUUGGGGAAAACGAUGGCGCUCCAAUGGAUGUCAGGGGAAGGCCAGAUCAUCUCAGUGGCCCCAACAGGUCGAAGUUUGGGGAAGACGGCAACAUGAGGGACAGAGCUCGAGAGAAUUCCCCCAUAGAUUACAGAGGCGGUGAAGAGAUGACCCUUGCUGAGGAGUGGAAAAACCGCCGGGCAAGGGAGAGGGACUCUCUGCCAGCCUCCUCUCGAAGUAUCUCUCCUUUCCCCAGAGAUGGAAUGGAACCAGGAUUCCCUUCAUCCAUGGGCAGAGACGGCAACAAGCCGGUACACGUAAAGGAGAGAGACAGACCUCCCACGGAUUUCCCAGGCAAAGAAGUUGGUGGCUUUCCUCGUCCAGACCCAGAACAUCCAGGUCCCCCGAACUGGGAAAAGAACGCUCCCACUGCUCCCCUUCCUGGCGUGGGGCUGCUUCCUUUGGGCCUCAAAGGUCCACAUGACCCUCCCUUCCCCACCAUGGGGCCUUUAUCCAACCCACAUAGAGAGAAUGAUGGCAAGCGCUGGCCUGGUGACAGAGAUCCCAAGCAGAAUCAAAACGUACGUCGAGACGACCGACCUCCAUUCCACCAGGAGAAGAAUCAGCAGUCUCAACAAACCCACGGGCCAGCUGACAUUGAUUGUUUCAAAGGGCCUAAGGAUCCGGCAGGCCCAGAGAGGCCUAAGAUGGGCCCGGGCCCAGAGUUUCAGAGCAACAGCGGAGAGCAGCGGAGAGACCAGGACUACAGGGAUAUUGAUUACAGAACAGGGUCUGGGAGAGCCUUCGAGUACAAACGCGAGGAUCUGCAAGGACCAGAGAAGAUCCUGAAGGAAUCCAAACAGGUCCCCGUUUCAAAAUUCAGUGAUUCUGGGUCUCAGGAUCAAGAUUACCGCAGUGCAUCUAUGAAGGACAAGGUUUCUCACACAAUAUCUAUAACUGGAAUCCCAAAGACUGCUACAAUGGAGCAGAUCCUUGGUGCUUUUGCAGUCCGAGAUGGGGUACCCAUGCAGGGCAUGAAAAUCAAGAAUGUUGUGCCAGGUUACAGCUACGAUACGGCCUAUGUGGAGUUUUUUAACCUCGAUGAUGCAGUCCACUUCAUGGAGUCCAACCAGGGAUCCCUGAAGGUUGGCACUAAAGUAGCCUCCAUGAGGUACGUCCAGCCUGACAGGAAUGCCAAGGACCCUCAGGAGCAAGGCCUCAAGGCGCCCCCCGGCCAGGAGCCUCUGUUGCCCAGCCUCCCGGAGAAGGCCAAGAACAGCCUGGAGACCCCCCAGGCCAAGGGCCCCGUGGGCCCGGCGGGCCCCGUGGACCCCCUGUCCCAGGGCCAGUGGCAGCGCAGCUCGGACCUCACCCCGGAGGCCUGGCAGCAGCAGGUGGACCAGCAGCUCCGCCAGAAGGAGGCCGAGCAGCAGGCCGAGUCGUGGGCCAGCCGCAACGCCCCGCGCCACGGCCCCCAUCAGACCGACCCCAUCUUCAAGGAGAGCAAGACCAUGAUACUUAAGAAUGUGAAGCCCACCACUACAGUAGAGACAAUACUGAAGGCUCUGGACCCCUUUGCCUACCUGGACGAGAGGAACGUCCGUCUGGUGAAGGGCAAGCCCCCCGGAGCUAAAUGCUUUUGCUUCGUUGACAUGGACUCCCACGAGCAAGUGACCCGUCUUGUGGACCUCCUGACCAAACCCAGGCCUCUCUCCAUCGAUGGAGACAGGGUUUAUGCCGAGGUCGCCAAACCUCUGAAGAACCAAAUGUACAAAAGAGAUUCUGACAAGUCAAGCACUUCACUUCUGGGGUACCCUCCCGAGACCAGUAUGUUGGAGCAACAGCAGCACUACUUCCCACAAGGUCUCCAGCCAGCCGUCAUUCAAGGUGAUCUGAUUGGCUCGGUGGCCGGCAGCAGCGACCCUUCCCUGUCGUCUGGGUCCCACAUGGCCCCCAGCCUGGCCUCCUACGGGGAGGCUCCUCCCAUGGACCCCUCCUUCCAGGCCCUGGGACCCCACGUGUCUGCCGCAGCCUCGGGCCUGCCGGGCACCGCCGGCUCUGAGGCCUACAGCUACGCCACAGAGACUCCAGACAUGACUGACUACCUGUAUGACGCCACUUCUGGGUUCUACUACGACCCCCAGACCACCCUGUACUAUGACCCCAGCUCCAGGUAUUUCUACAAUGCCCAGACACAGGAGUACCUGUUCUGGGACAUUGUAUCUAAGACCUACAUCCCAGUACCGGGGGGCACCUCAGACACCCAGACCCCCAUGGGCCAGCCUGUCACCAUGGCCGCGGACGUGCAGGCUAUCCUGGCCAACCCAGCAGCGGACGCCCCCCUGGAGAUGAAGAAGCCCUCCGAGCUCCAGCCCGUCCCCGACUCCGGCUCCGCCCCCGACCUUGGCUCCGCCCCCGAGUCUGCUGCCAGCCUCAACCUCGAGAGGAGGGACGAGGACGACGCAGCUCACUCUGAUAAGAAGGACAAGGACGAGAAGCCCAGGAGUCUGGCUGCCUUCAAGAUCAUGAAGGACAUGGAGCGCUGGGCCAAGAUCCAGAACCGGCAGAAGGACAGCGUGCGGGCUCCCUCCCCCGUGCUCAAGGGGGGGCCGGACGACAGGAAGGCGUCCAAGGCCGCCGACGCCGCCUUCGCCAUCUUCGAAAGGAAGGGCUCCGGCGGGGACGACCUGUUCAAGAAGCCUUUCGCUCCCCCUACUAAGAAAGACGAGAAGAGUUCAAAGCGGCCCAUGGGCUCCCUGGGCCUGCUGGCCUCCGACUACGCGGCGGGAAGCGACGAGGAGGAGGAGGAGAAGCACGACGUCCCGCGCGCCCCCAAGAGCCAGUCCGAGGAGAAGGAGGACAAGCUGACGGACUGGAAGAAGAUGGCCUGCCUGCUGUGCCGGAGGCAGUUCCCCAACAAGGACGCUCUGAUGAGACACCAGCAGCUCUCUGACCUCCACAAGCAAAACAUGGAAAUCCACCUCAAGAUCAAGAGGUCAAAGAAGGAGCUGGAAGCCUUGGAGAACCAGGAGAAAGAGCUGAGUGCCAGAGAGUCCACGAGGUCCCCAGAGAUCAAGAAGAGAAAGCACCAGCACCAGCCCCACCAACACCAGAACACCUGGGCCAGUGGAUCACGAGACUCGCAUAAGGGAAGCGAAAGACCCGGGUUAGGUUCUGAGCCUGUGGAGAGGAAAAAGAAGGAGGCUGUUGUGUGGGACCACGCCACCUACAAGCAGGCAGUGCGGAAGGCCAUGUUUGCACGCUUCAAAGAGCUGGACUGACCUCGCCGCCUGCGAACAGCCGGUCCUCCCGACUGUUUUGGAUGUGUGGGGGUGUUGGUCCGGCCGUCUUGUUUCCCUGAACUGAGGGACCGCUCUGACGGCGGCCCUAAAACGGAGACUUUGAAACGAAGCGAAACGUACUUUAAUGAGUUCACCGAGUGAGGCUACACUCGCGGUCACCGAAGCCGGAUGGAGUUGGUGAGAGUGUGAGGCUUCUUCACCGUGCUCUCGAUAUUUCUGAUUCUCCACGUUUCACCCUGUGAUUCGAGAGCCUGCUUUUACGAUAAUGAUCCCUGUUGUUUGGCUUUCCUCAAUAGGCUACCCAGGCUUUGUCAAUUUUAUAAAUUAAUUUAGUGUAUUAUAUAUUUUUUGACAUGUUAUGUGAGUAGCUAAUAUCGUGACAGGUGAACCCAGCUGCCAAACACCUAAAUAAAUUCUUACUGUAUGUCACUGGACGUUGACAACAAAAUUCAUAUGUUUUAACACUGAACUGUCUACAGAUUUCUUGACAUUUUUCCCAUUUGUGUUAUACACUGUAAUAUGUGUACCCAUUUUUCAGUAAAAAAGUGACAUA